UUGGAAAGCCGCGGGAGGAAUGAACGGGAGCGUCUAGGCGGGGCUGCCCCAUUUGCCCGCCCCUCUCUUUCUGCUACUGGCUGUGCGGCCGUGGGUCUCCGCCCCUUAACCUUGCGCUUGCGCGUGGGCCUGGGUAGCACGUCGUACCUGAUGGUAGGAGGCAGUAGUUCCCCGCUUCCCUUCCGCGGGCGGGAGAGUUAGCUAGCCACCCAGGAAAACACCAUGAAAGAUACCGAUAUCAAAAGACUACUGUAUACCCAUCUUUUAUGCAUAUUUUCAAUUAUCCUAAGUGUCUUCAUUCCAUCACUCUGCUUGGAGAACUUCUCAAUAUUGGAAACACACUUGACAUGGUUGUGCACCUGUUCUGGUUUUGUAACUGCUGUCAAUCUAGUACUAUAUUUAGUAGUGAAACCAAAUGCAUCCUCUAAAAGAAGUUCAUUAUCACACAAGCUCUCUGAUAUCAGUCAAUAUUUAACGACAGGCCCAUACAUUACCAUGGUAACCAGAUUUUUGAAGUGCUGUAUCUACUUUCUUAUGUCUUGUUUCUCCUUUCAUGUAAUUUUUGUUCUGUAUGGAGCACCACUAAUAGAGUUGGCAUUGGAAACAUUUUUAUUUGCAGUUAUUUUGUCUACUUUUACUACUGUACCUUGCUUAUGUUUGUUAGGACCAAACCUCAAAGCAUGGCUAAGAGUUUUCAGUAGAAAUGGAGUUACAUCCAUAUGGGAGAACAGUCUCCAGAUCACUACAAUUUCUAGUUUUGUAGGAGCAUGGCUUGGAGCACUUCCUAUUCCACUGGAUUGGGAAAGACCAUGGCAGGUAUGGCCCAUCUCCUGUACGCUUGGAGCGACCUUUGGCUACGUGUCUGGCCUUGUUAUUUCACCACUCUGGAUAUACUGGAAUAGAAAGCAACUUACAUACAAGAACAAUUAACUGGAGCAAAGGGAGAUAUUUCUUUGUGCAGAUUCCGUAAGGGCUGUGCAGAAAUGUGUAUGGUCAAAGCCAAGCAGUUCCAUUUACAGCACUGUUUUUUAUGUAGUUACAACAUGAUGUGAUUGUAGCUUUUUAAACUAUGAAACCCCUGAGAGAUUGUACCUUCUAGUUGAAAUAAAGUAUUUAUAAUAGA